UUUAUGGUCUGGUGGCGAUCGGUUAACUCUGUUACUGACAUAACGGAUUUAAAACAAAAAUACCGAACAUUGUUACAAACUCUUUGAAAGUAGAAACUACAGCAAUCCCACUGAAAAGAAAGCAAUAGAUAUCUACAACCAGUGCACCAACCGAACGCACGAUAUUGCCCCAGGAUUCCCUUACCAAACCUUGUUGCGCACCGUGGACGACAUGCUGGGCGGAGGGUCACUCCUCGAUGCCCAUGCCAAUGUGACCGCCUUUCUUCUGGAAGACACUCUCAUUCGGCUGCAGCAGAACAACAUUCAGACUUUCGGCCUUCUGUACGUUGCCGACGAUGUCGUGUCCGGCGACGAGCAGAUCCUGUACCUAAUGGCGCCCGAACGUUUUGUGCAGCGGGCCGCACGGUGGGAGCCAAGUGCAUUGGAAAACGCUCAUGUCAACAACACCAUUAAUAACACAUUUGUUAAACUAUAUCGAGCUUGGGUUCCAUUCGUGCAGAGUUUGAUUGAUGCCACUAAUACGAGCGUCCAAUGGUCCACUGUUGAAAGCCGGCUGGAGGGAGCCAUCAUGUUAGAAGCCGUGCUGAAUGCGGGUGCAACAGGAGACCUAGACGGUUCGAAGCGCAUAACGUUCAGUGACCUUUCAACAGCGCCAUACCGUUCACAGUUUCUAGCCAACUUUCUGUCGCUUUUCAACGCCAUGCUCAGAGCUUCCAAGGUGAAUUUCCAAGCCACAACGGCAACAACGUUAGGCGACACCAGAACAGCGUACCUUCUUCAUCUGGACAAAACGAUGGCGCAGCUGGAAGCGCAAGGCAACGCUGGACGGGCGACAAUGGCCGAUUGGUUAUGGUGGAGUGCCGUCCAUCAUUAUCUCAAUCAACGGACGGACCAGUGCGUCAAGCUCGUGAAAGAGGCCAUGCCGUUGACCGUCUCGGGGAUGUUCCUCAAGGCGUACAUUCCAGACAGCGCACUACAAAGGGCGAAAGCGUUGACAUCGGAAACUGCCAAAGGGGUUCGCGAUGCGGUCCUUUUAAAAGCGGAAUGGAUGGACCGCGCAACGCAGGACGCAGCGGUGGACAAGCUGAACCAUACACUGCGGAUGGUCGGUUAUCCCGAAGAUUUCUUGCGCAACUGGACAAUUCUCGACAAACUUUAUGAAAAGGUCUCCAACACUGUGCUGCAGGGAAUUUGCAAUUUUCUGCUGCGUCAUGGGUUUUCCGUUGUGAAACUUCGUCAGCUCUUCCUGUGUGGGACCAGUAUCGGUCAGAGAGAUUGGUGGAAAAACCUACUACAGAUGCCCUUACCGGAUGUUUCACCUUUAUGGAGGCGGCAUGGGAAGGGAAGAGCUGGGAAAACAUAG